GUAAGUAUUUCCUUUUUGUUACUCACGUUAGUUAACUGCAAACUGUAUGUGGUCUUCUUUAAAAAGCAAACGUCUUAGAAGGAUCGCAUUGUUUCGCCAAUGUGAUUUAAAAGGUGACAUCUUGCUGGUUUUAGCACAUAGCCUGCACCAUGGGGAAGAGAUACUACUGUGACUACUGCGACCGGUCCUUUCAGGACAACAUGCAUAACAGGAAAAAACAUCUAAAUGGUGUUCAGCAUCACCGAGCCAAAAAAGCCUGGUAUGACUAUUUCAGAGACUCUUCAGCCAUUCUGUAUGACGAGCAAACAAAGAAACCCUGCAGGAAGUUUCUCCAAAAAGGAAUUUGUGACUUUGGCCCGAACUGCAGGUUUUCCCACAUGUCUGAAGAGGAUCUGUUUAAUUUAAAAAGACAGGUGGAAGAUGAGAGAAGGCACAGAGAGGGCUCUGUAGACAGAAUGAUACCCGGGCGAAGCAUCGAAGAAUGGCUCUCCAGAAGAGAAAAGAAGCAAACUGCCCUCAGUAUCAAAGGAGAUCGGGAAAAUAAGGAAGACAGCGAAGAGGGCCAAGAAGAAAGUGAAAUACUUCAACAGCUCCUCUCCAUCUCUGACCUUCCACCCUCUCUCCUACCGCCUCCUCCAGGCGGAUGGAAAUUCACAGAGAACACAGAGUGGGGGUGAAAGAUUUCCACAUCACUGUAAAGUGGAUAUGUGACAUUAAUAGGAGGAGGAAUGGCAUAGAAUAGAUUUAUGUUCGUAUUGGAAGGUUUGUCAGUUUGAAAUGAAGUUUUAAGUUGAGUCCAAAAGGAGAUUGUUGCCAUUUCUCUUCCUCAAGAGUGAACAUUUUGUGUGCCGUACACUAUAGGUCCUGUCUGUUUCAUGAAAACUAAUUUUUAAUUUAUUACAUUUUACUUAAGAUGUCAAGUUUCUUGAGUAAGAAUUACAUUACAAGAAGUAACAUUAAAAAAUAGCUGAUUGGGGCGUCGGUGGCCUAGUGGUAGAGCAGGCGCCGCAUGUACAAGGCUGUUGCCGCAGCGGCCCGGGUUCGACUCCAGCCUGUGGCCCUUUGCUGCAUGUCACUCCCUCUCUCUCUCUCUCCCCCUUUCACACUUGUCUGUCCUAACAAUUAAAGGUUGAAAAUGCCCCAAAAAAUAUCUUAAAAAAAAUAGCUGAUUUAAAAUGAGUAAAUGAGUGAGUUUGUAUUUACACACAUUUUUAAAACACAAUAAAAGUAAAUCUGAGAUUAAGGAUUCCCACACAAGCAGUGCAUAAUAAUCCUCAUAACUGGCAUCUUGGCAGUGUGUUGUUGAUUGCUCCACCAAUCUGGAGUCGAGUGCCUUUACCGUGAAACUCCUCUGAGGAGUUACAUUUGAUGUCGUGCAGUCCCAAAAGGAGCGGAGGAUUGCUGAGCAGAUGGAAAUAAUUUUUUGUUUAUUUUUAAUCCUCUGCUGCGUCACCGGGGGAGUCACUGAUCUGACUGCAUUUUAUUUGUAACCCAGCCAACUGAAAACACCAUUUUACUUCCUAAAUAGUAAAGGUUGCAAACUAAUGAUCUGGAUUAAGCUUCAUAAUGAAAGUUUUUCUUAGAUAGAAAGUUUGUUGAGACACUAUUAUCAAUAAGCCUCAUGUAGAUCCCUUGGAUUUGUGACUAAGCUAUGUUUAAUUGUCACUGGCCUUUUAAAGUCCUCUAAUAGGUUAUUCCUCAUAACUGGGCUUAUGCUGAGAUAUAUAUACUUGUACCUAAUGCAGUGUUUACAGCAGAAUCCUCAUUAAACGGCUGUGAGUAUUC